GACAAAAGUACCUCACACUUAUUGAGCAAGUGGAUAUCAACAGUUCUAGAUCAUUCACGAAUAUACAACGAGAGCUUAAUUCGUGGCAACUCGUCAUCCGCAUAUCCUCACCAAAUAUAAAAUCAAAAGGUCCCAUUUUUUGACUGAUCUAUCCCGCCGACAAUGUCUAAUCAACAGGCAAACACACAGUCUGCGGCCAUAGACUUCUGUCCCGAAGCAAAAUAUGUUGAAGAGACCAAAACCGUCACCGUCAUCUUCAACACGGAUCGCGACUGGAUACAUGGCCCUCAAGAUCCCAUCAUCAAGCAGAUAUCCCAACAUUCCAUGAAAAUCAAGAAAAUGAUCCUCAUCAUUGAGUUUCCCGCCACCACCACCGACCCAUUGAGAUUGUCGCACAUUAAAGAGCGCAUCGAGUCGAUCGUUGCAGCUAUAAAUCUGGCUGACCUUCAAACCCCAACAAAUGCUGUCGAAGUAACGCAAGCUUUGGUUCACUCGCGUGAUUACAAGGUUGAGCAGCUCAACUGCCUGGUUCCUUUGGAGGAUUUGUGUAUGGAUUAUACUUUGAAGAUUAGCGUGAAUGGGGGGGAGUAUUUGGAUAAGUUCAAUACUAAACUGGGUGUGAGAUUGGCUAAGCAGUUCAAGAAGUAUAUUGGGAAGUUUGCAGAUGUUUCUCGUGCUGGAUAGGAGAAACUGUGGAUGAUAGGGAUCGAAGGAUUUUAGUGCCUCACAACCGAUCUCAUCUCGAGGGUGAGAAUGGUCAACGUAGAUCAAAUUUAGUUGGAGAUAUA